AGCUUUAUAUUUAUACUAAAUAUCUUUCUUUUAUAGUUGACAUUUUUCAGAAAAUCUGUUAUGAUUUAAUAUGUUUUAUGUUUGGUCAGUUCUUGGGUUCCUCCACUUAGUUUCUUUUGUCAGAGGAGAUAAGUUUGAAGAGGAGAAGUAUGGUGUGAAGUUUGCAUCAGAAUGUGAGGUUUGCAAAGUGUUCACAGAAGAGUUUUCCGCUAAAUUAGAAGAAUCCUCUAAGAAGCACGAGGUUGUUGAGACAGGAUACAGUCAUACCAAAGAGAAGAAGAAAACUAAGUAUGUAAAAUCGGAACUAAGACUGAUCGAAACCUUGGAGGGAAUCUGUGACAGGGUUCUACAAUAUAAUAUUCACAAGGAGAGAAGUGAUUCUACUAGAUUUGCCAAAGGACAGAGUGAAACUUUCAGAACCCUUGAAGGAUUGGUAAGUAAAGGAGUGAAGGUGGAUAUAGGAAUCCCUCACGAACUUUGGGAUAAACCAAGCGCAGAGAUUACGCAGUUGAAAACUCAGUGUGAGAGUUUGUUGGAGAACCAUGAGGAAGACAUUGAAGAUUGGUAUUUUAAUAAUCAGGUAAUAUUAUUUUAAUAAUCAGGUAAUAUUAU